CGCGUGGUUCCCCUCCGGCUUCCUAACGCCACUGCACAAGCGAGCAGAGGGGUGAAAGGUCACCAACAUGGCGCUGGCCGCCGGGCUGUUUCUGCGGCCGCGGUUCUCCCGUUCGCUGCCUGGCGGGGCCGCCCGGCUGCGAGCUCCUGGGGGCACCGAGGUGAGACUGUCGUGGGCCGGACUUUGCUGCUUGUGCCGCCGCCGCCUCGGCUCGGGAGCGGCUCCGUGUCCCCGCGGCGCUCGCGCGAUGGCGGCCCCGCUGCCCCCCGUGCGGGGUCCCCGGCGGCCGCUGCUCAGCCCCCCCGCGCUCCCCGCAGCCCUCGCCUCUUUUCCCGCUCGUCCCUCGCGCAGCUACAGCACCGAGGAGCCGCCCCAGCCACGCCAGAAAACCAAGAUGAUCAUCCUGGGCUUCUCCAACCCCAUCAACUGGGUCCGGACUCGAAUUUACGCCUUCCUUAUCUGGGCCUAUUUCGACAAGGAGUUCACAAUCGCCGAGUUCUCUGAGGGGGCGAAGCAGGCUUUUGCACAUGUAUCCAAGUUGUUAUCACAGUGUAAAUUUGAUCUUUUGGAAGAACUUGUUGCCAAAGAGGUGUUACAGGUACUCAAAGAAAAGGUUACCUCAUUACCUGAUAACCAUAAAAAUGCUCUUGCUGCUGACAUAGAUGAAAUUGUCUAUACAUCAACAGGAGACAUUUCCAUUUACUAUGAUGAGAAAGGAAGGAAGUUUGUUAACAUCCUGAUGUGCUUUUGGUAUCUAACGAGUGCCAAAAUCCCCAGUGAAACUUUAAGUGGAGCCAGUGUAUUUCAGGUUAAGUUGGGAGAUCAGAACGUGGAAACUAAACAACUUCUUAGUGCAAGCUAUGAAUUUCAGAGGGAAUUUACACAAGGAGUAAAGCCUGAUUGGACCAUUGCACGGAUUGAACAUUCAAAGUUACUAGAAUAAUCUUUCUUGGAAGAAAAUCAGCUUCUGGACUUUGAGUGGUUGCUGUGAAAAACUAAAGAAAAACUUUGGAUCAUUUGAUCUUCGCUUAAUCAAGUCUGUGGAUUACUUUUGUAUUAUUUUGAAUUACUCCUUGUAGUACAUUGGCAUAUUACAAUAAUGCAUUUUCCACAGAUCAUUAGUGUUUUUUAAAAGAGGUCAAAUUAAAAAAAAAUCAACACA